UCAUUUUUAGUGAAAGCCGUCUUUACUAUUUGUCAGCUCUGCUCUCUGAACGCACUUGUUGAUUUUUUGUUGGAAUUAUUAGAGCGCAUUUUUUGGUAGUAAUUUAAAAAUUUUUUUGAUUAAUUCAAUUAAAAAAAUAUAUAUAAAAAAUCGAAAAAUACUGCUGUAAUUUAAUAUGGAUGGAACUCCAAAAUUACAACGAAAGGCUUCGUUGUCGCUAUCAACGCGUCUAAAUCACAAAAGACAUAGUGCAUCGCCUCAAAAUCGAUUAAAGACCUCAACAUCAAAUAGUGCUAUUAAUACACGUGAAUUAAAUAAUAAUCAUGAAACUUUGCAACGUUCUCCCUCUGUGAUAUCAAUUUGUUCCGAUGGUGGCAUCGAAUGCACUCCACCUCACAAGAAAAUGAUUAUGAAUUUGGAUGACAGCUUGGACUAUUCACCAAAGGUUUUCGAUAGCAGUUUUUCUCCAACAUGCCUGCUCUCACAAACUUUGGCCAUCGAUAGUCCUGAGGUAGGUUGGAAGUGGAGUCGUCAUGCAACGAAUGGUGGUAGUAGAGGAGGUUCAAAGUGUGGAAUAGAUGACAAUUCCACACGUACACCGGAUUCAGCAUAUGCCGCCGACAGUAGUUUUGCAUCUGCUGGUUCCAGUAGUACAGAAGUUGGCAAUGUCCGCAGUAGAGCCGAUUCGUACCAACAACGAAUUGCCUAUGAUGCCCGUAGGGAGCAGGAACUGCGUAGAGUUGAAAAAACGAGAGCGGAGGAAAAAUUAAAACAGCGUUGCGCAAAAUUACAAGAACAAUUAAAAAGCGCUGGCACGCAAUCAUCCAAAACGAAGAGUCAAAAUAAAGAUAAUGUUAAACAUUCAUCUAACAGCAGUUCCUUGCUAGAUGUUGAAAUGAAAAGCCUACCAAAAUCAGAGCCAGCGGUGAAAAUUCAUACACCAGAAAAAAUUAAAAAACCAGAACUUUUAAAUGAUUUCUUUAACGACUCCGAUUCCGACUGUUUUCUACUCGAAGCUACACAGGAAAUUGAAUCAAAAAUGGAAGCUAAAACUCAACCAGCCUACAUAAAUUUUGCAAAUAAAACGCCUAAAUCAUCUAGUUCGUCCGAAUGCAAUUCCAUACCUCAUGCCAAUUCCGCACCUGCCGCUACAACUACACCACCACCUAUUGCAGAUUUAUCUUCUUCAAAUAGCACAAAUAAAGAAAAACGUUCCUCAUUCUAUAUGAAAUUUCUGGAAGAUGACUGUCCUGACGACUGGUUUGUUUCGCUCGAUGAGGUUGUCUUACAAGCUACACAAACCAAGAAACCUCGGACGUCUUUACAACGCUAUAAAUCUAUGCCUGCUGAAACGGCAACCAAUUCCAAUGUAUCUUCAAAUAAAAAGGAUAGCAAUGAUAACUGCAUAGUGGAUUCCAAACCGAACACUUCAAAACGGAUACCAUCAGAAGAUGCGGCUUCAUCCUUAUCGAACCUCUCUAAAAUGAAACGACAUUCAAGUACUCAUACUUUGAGUCCAGCUGGUACAAGCUAUCGUAGCCGAAGACAGCUAUAAAAAAGUUGCAAUUUGGUAAUGUACACAACUGAAAUACUCCAGUUAUAAUAAUAACUAACAAGCUACUUUAUUGGCAACAUUUCAUUAACAUUCAUCAAACUUUCUCAUAAAUAAAUAAUUGUUUUGUUAUAAAUACAUUUAAGUUUUAAGUUAUUUACAAAAAUACAUAUUGAAACAAACAUGUUAAAAUUAAUUUUCUUUAUUUUUUUUCUUAUGAUA